CUUCCCCAAAUGUCACAAUCCUUAUUUUCACCUUUGAUUGGCAGCAAUUGCCUUAACUCACUGUUGCCGAAUCAUCGGUCACCGUCUACAUUUUCGGUCAGGCAACUCCCCCUUCCAAAUUUACAGUUAUCAGCCAAUAAAUCGAGGAGUUUUGAAACUAAUGCAUUUGAUCUCAAUGGUACACAAAGAAUGGGUGAUCAGCUCUAUUUCCAUGAAGUUGAACUCAAAGUCAGGGACUAUGAAUUGGAUCAGUUUGGUGUUGUAAACAAUGCUACUUAUGCAAGUUAUUGUCAACAUUGCUGUCAUGAAUUCUUCGAAAGAAUUGGCGUAAGUGUUGAUGAAGUGGCUCGCAAUGGUGAUGCAUUAGCAACAACAGAGCUUUCACUUAAGUAUCUAGCACCUCUAAGGAGUGGAGAUAGAUUCGUCGUGAAGGUGAGAGUAUCCAGCUCUACAGCAGCUCGUUUGUAUUUCGAACAUUUCAUCUUCAAGCUUCCAGAUCAAGAGCCUAUCUUGGAGGCAAGAAGAACAUCAGUGUGGCUUGAUAAAAGUUACCGUCCUGUCCGAAUUCCGUCAGAGUUCAGAUCAAAAUUUGAUCAGUUCAUUCACCAGAAGUGAUCUAACUAAUGUGUUUGUGAACAAAAUGCAGAAGAGUUCUUCUGAUCAGGUGAAAAUUUGGUUAAUUUAUAUACUAAUGUAUAUAUUUUCUUUGGUUAAUAUCACUUUUGGUCCCUCAGCUUUUAAUAAAUUCUGAAUUUAGUCCUUGUGAUCUCUACCUUUACAAGGUAGGGGUAAGAUUAGGUACGUUCAGAACAUCCUCUGCAUACUCCCCCUCAACAAGUCGAGUUAUAUUUGAUAUAUAUGU